AGCUACUCGCCAGCCGCCUGGUACAACACGCAUCACAUCUCAAGCAAGGAUGUUUGACGCAAUCACCCGCAUGUUCAGCUCUUUUAAGCUCAAGAUCGGCAAGCUGUUCAACACGUCGUGGGGCGUUCGCAACGCGCGCAUCACCAUGAUCGGCCUCGAUGCCGCCGGAAAGUCAACCAUGCUGUACAAGCUCCGGCUCGGCGAGAUCGUGUCAACCAUCCCGACCAUUGGCUUUAACGUGGAGACCAUCGAGUUCAAGGGCGUCUGCUUCAACUGCUGGGACGUCGGAGGUCAGGACAAGAUCCGCCGCCUCUGGCGGCACUACUUCAGCGGGCUUGACGGUCUCAUCUUCGUCAUUGACGCCAACGACCGCGAUCGGCUCUCCGAGGCCCGCGAUGAGCUCAACAGCGUGCUCGCUGCGCCCGAGCUCGCAGGCGUCCCGCUCCUUGUCAUGGCCAACAAGAUGGAUCUGCCGUACGCGCUGUCCGUCCGCGACAUCACCGACGCGCUUGGCCUCGUCGGUGAGAGCCGCGCCUGGCACAUUCAGGGCACAUCUUGCCUCUCCGGCGAUGGCCUGUACGAGGGCCUCGACUGGCUCCGCACUGCCCCCUUCGGCGUUGCUCCGGGCCCGGCGUCGGAUGCAGAGGGCGUCCAAGGGAGCACAACCGGGGAAGAGGGCCAGGUGCACGGGCAGAGAGAGGACGAGGCCGAAGUGAGAGUCCUCGCCGACGAGCUCGGCGACGUCAAUGCUGUCCUCGCCGAGAAUGGAAUCAAGACCACGCUGGCUGACAUUGAGGCCGAGGUCCUGUCGGCGCCGCGAUCAAGGACUCGCCACCGGCCGCGGGUCCGCCCGCUCAACUACACCACUCUUGGACUCGACGGUGCGGGCCGGGCCGGGAGCGGGAGCGGCCACCCGUCGGUGUCGUCGUCAAAGCUCAUCACCGACGUCAGCCGCCUGCUGGAGAUGGAGGACGAGGGCGAGGUCGAGACGUUCCGGACGUCGAUGGCGCAUGCGCGGUACUCGCGAUCCAAGCGCGGACGGUUCUUGCCGGGCGAGACGCGGCCAGACGUGGCCCGGUCCGCGCGGAGCGGGCGGGCGGUCGAGUCGGGCUGGGGCGUGCAGGAGCGGAAGCGGAGGCGGCGGCGACGGAUGACGGCAGACGGGCGGCAGCGGCGGCGGCGGCGGACAACAAGCCAUAGCCUUGGCCCGGACUCGCUCUCAGGCUCGAGCUCGUCGCACGAGCAGCUGGAGGCCGAGGCCAUGCAUGCCAUCGACCUCAUGACGUAUAUCAACUCGAGCGAAAAGAUCCACCAGCUCAAGCGGGCGUUCAAGGGUGGACUCGAGCUCGAGGAGUUUAUCCGAGCCAUGGUUGCAUUUGUGCCCGAGAGCGACGAGCGCGCCGAUGAGGAGCUCGUCUCGCAAAUGACCGAGCUCUUCCGCGAGAUCGACGUCAACGGCGACGGUGAGCUCUCGUGGCCCGAGUUUGUGGGCUUUAUCCUCGACGCCGGGCUUGUCUCGGACUCUGCGUACCGAAGCGAGCGCGCGCACUCGUACCAGCCGUCGGCGACAGCGAUAGAUAGAGUGGCGCGGAGCAAGGCGGUGACGCGGAUCAAGACCUUCGACACACUUCCGAACCGGGUGGUGGUCAUCUCGGCGCACUCGUUUGUGGGCAUUCACGACGCGUACUCGCUCAAGCUGUUGAACAACCUCAGCGGGCACCGUGGGUGCGCGCUGGACGCGGUCUAUGCGCCCGAGUACCGCUACCUCAUCACCUCGGGCACUGACUGUGCGCUGCUUUUCUGGGAUGCACACCACAAGCUCCAGCGGAGGAUUCACACCUCGCACCCGCAGCACGCGCUGGCGUGGAUCGGCAAGUCGCGGACGCUAUGGAGCGGCGGCUCAACCGGGCGGGUACAUGCGUGGGACUUUGAGAGCGGGCAGCACAAGUUCUCGUACGAUGGCUACGGGCGCGGUCACGUGCUCGCCAACGAUGCGGCCGUCCUUGCGUUGCAGGCCAUUCCACGGCGCGGCGUGGUGGUCGCCGGCGCGCUCGACGGCUCGAUUUUGGCGUGGGACCUCAUCGGGCACACGGCGAGCCCCGCAUGCGUCAUCUCGACCCGCGAGGGCAUGAACUACCGGCAACUCGAGCCGACGCAGCACGCAUCGGGAGUGACGGACCUCGACUACUCGGACGAGUACUCGUUCCUGCUCUCGGCUGGAUGCGACCGCGAGGCCUUUGUGUGGAACCCGUUUGUCCAACGCGGCUUUGUCGGCGUGCUCAAAGGCCACAAGGCACCACUGGUCGGCAUCAAGGUCAUGGGCUCGUCUCCCGAGGUGGUCACUGCCGACGAAGCCGGGGUGGUCAAGAUCUGGGACAUCCGCACCCUCCGCCCACUUCAGUCGUACACCAUGUCGCUCGAGGCUGCGACGGCGACCCAGGCACCGAUCUCGGCCCUUGCCACCGUCGCCUCGUACGACCGCAUCCUUGUCGGUGCCGACAAAGUCUUUGCGCUCGACGCGCAGCGGAGCACGCACCCGGAGCUUGCGCACUCGGGACCGGUUGUCGGCGUCCUCUUCAACGAGGUCUUCCUCUCGUUUGUGACCAUGGCCGGGCGCGGCAUCCGUGUGUGGAGCGCGGUGACGGGCCGGCUCGAGCGGUCGCACCCGGAGCUGAUGCCGGCUGAGAUCACGUGCGGCGGUCUUGACGACCGCCAGCGCAAGCUCAUUCUCGGUGACUGCACGGGCGCCGUCAAGGUCUUUACCUACGCCACGGGCCACUUUAUGAAGGACCUCGAUGCGCACGGCGCCGAGGUGGCGGCGCUGCAGUACUCGUGCGGCGGGGCGGCGAGCAUGAGCCCGAAGCGGCAGGUGGUGACGGCGGCGCUGGACGGGCAGCUCUGGCUGCAGAACGAAGAGUCACAGGAGCGCGGGUUCAAGCUCCCACGGUCGAUGACGGCGCCGCCGCUGCCGCUGGCCGCCCGUACCCGCGAGCGGAGCCUGCACCGCAUCCACUGCAUGGACGUCUCAUCGGCGUUUGGCCGCUGGGGCCAUGUCGUGGCCGGCUGUGGUGAUGGCUCGCUACGGGUGUGGGAUCUGUACACCUUUGCCCUCCUCUCGGCUGAGGACGGGAUGCAGACGCCGGCCGAGGCGGUGGCGGCGCGGCUGACGACGAGCCCGACAUCACCGCUUGGCCUCCGCGGGUCGCCGAGCGGAAACUCGGCCCGUAGCAGCUCGCCCGAGGAGCGCGCCAGCGCGAGUGACUCGCCGGUCCACAUCACGGGCGUAGUGUGGGUCGGCACGCUCCCGCUUGUCAUGGCGGCCGACUCGCUCGGCUCACUCGCGCUGUGGGGCACGCGGGCACCAUUCAAGUUCCGUUGCGUGGCGCGGUGGACUAAUGAGAUGGCCGGCUCGAUCGAGCCGCCAGUUGUCACCACUCUCACCUACGCCGGCACGCUGGCGUACUCGGAGCGAGUGCGUGAGGAGGUGAAGCAGCGGCGGACCGGCGGCGACGGAAGUGGCGGCGCUGACGGCAGCGGCGGCGCUGGUGGCGGCUUCUCAGAGUCUGAUUCGAACUAUGACGUCGAGUACGAGUCCGAGUACGAAUCGGACGGCGAGAGCAAGGUGGUGACCAAGUACGUUCUGGUCCGCAAGCACCACAUGCUCAAGCAUGUGGCGGUGACCGGCGACGACAAGGGCGUGGUCAAGUUGUGGAAGCUCGACGCGCUGGUGCGGACGUCGACGCUGGCGAGUCCAGCGCGUGAUGCGUCGGAUGUGCUUGGCUACUCGCUCGACGGCAUCUCGCUAUCGGGCAAGGCCGAGGUGGUGCGGUCUUGGGUGGCGCACCGGCAGGAGGUGACCUCGAUCGUGGUUGUCCGCGCCACCUCGCCGCCCUCGCUCUGCACCGCCUCGCUCGACGGGGCUGUCAAAGUCUGGUCGCUCACUGGCCACCUCCUCGGCGAGUUCCACCAGGGCCACGUCCGCACCGGCGCAUCCGAAUGGCGACUGGCCAUCGACCAUGCGGUGCGGGCGGCCGAGCAGGCGGCCGAGGCCAAGCUGCUGCUGGCCAAGUUUGAGCGACGGAAUGGAGCGCUGCAGCGUGAGGCGGCUGAAGCCGAAGCCGUUGAGGUCGAGCCCGAGGUCGACGAUAUGGAGAAGAAUUCGGCCGGUGGCAAGGCCAGGGCUGAGACCAAUGGUGAUGGACGAGACGACAACGAGGGCGAUUCAGAGCUCUCGUGGCUCGAAGUUGCGUCACAGGCGUCGAUGGCGAUGAUCACGCCGCCGUCGACACCGUCGUCGUCGGAGGACGACUCGGACGGCGAGGUGUACGUCGAGCCGACGGCGAUAUACCGGGCUGUGGCGCUCGAGGACGAUGGCUCGUUGUCCGGAAGCAGCGACGACGACGAGGCGCUGGCCAAGGUCAAGCAGCUGAUGCAGCGCAAGUUCAUCGACUCGGCCUCGGUCUCGUCCGAGACGUUGGCCGGCGUCAAAGGCGCACGGGCAGCGAUUCUCCGACAGGGCACCAGACGGCGGCUCUCAAUCUACGACGCCAACACCCGCGGGCCUGCCGCAGCACUGGCACUGGCGGCAUCCGAGUCUAUGGCGGGGCCAAAGGUUGUCACGCCGUACUACAACCGGACGCGGCGGGACUCUGCGCCGCGGCGGCGGUGA